GUGAGUUGGAGCAGACUAUCAAGCAGCUCCGUGCAGUGCAGGAGGAGUACGAGGAGAAAUUCGCCGAGCACGAGGCCGGCUGGGCGAAGCAGGCAGAGGAUCACAGGGAGCAAGUGCAGAAGUUGCAGAAUGACCUGCGGGAGGUUGUUGAGAGCCAGCUCCACCCGGCCCAGGUGGCGCAGCUGCGUGCUGAUCUCAAGCGAGCGCAGCAUGAAAGCCAGGCGCUCACCAACACGAACAACAUGCUGAAGGAUUCGUUAGCGGCGUUGCAGAAGCUUGUGCCGGAUGGAGCUGAAUGUGGCGACUGCUCGCUGAAGGGGUCUUCUUUAUUCGUUGGCUUCACCUUCGGUGAGCUGAUGGUUUCCCUUGAUUUGCCAUGGGUACCGCGUGCUGGCAUGGACAGCAAGGUGGAAAGCACACGACUCAGGCAGCGUCAGCGCGUGGUGGUUGGGCCCAUGGUGUUCACAUCAGACUUUGACAGCAACAUGGGCCAUGUGGAACUGUUGGCAGACGCAUCGUUUGUUUCGCCCAACGGCCAGCCGACAGCAUCGCAGCUGGAGUACGCGAUAGAUGUUGCGCCUGACUGCGCAGGCACCGACCACGAGAACGGAUACAAGACGUGGUUUUUUUUCGGCAUCUCCGUGGCAGAGCCUGUCGAGCUAGCUGCAGCUCAGCGUCUCCCUUCUUCGGAGGCUUCCCAAAGGCUUUCGCCGGAGGCCCGAAGUCGGGACCUGACGCCCUCCAGCGAUUCAGCUGCCGGCGAAGAUCCCACCGAGAUCCAGGAGAUGGAUGGAGCCUUCCUUUCCGAGGCAAGCAGAGCUCAGGAGAGAGCGACGACACUUCCACAGGUCGCGGAAGGCGAGAUCUCGAUGUUCCUGAAUGUACGGAACAUGAACAACCAGAGCAAGCUCUACAACGAGGGCUACCGGCCGUGGUGCAAAGCUCCCGGUAGCACGUGGAAGCGACUACAGGAUUCAUCGCUGCUGGCCUUUUCCCAUGCGAAGCAGGCAGACGGAUUCUCCAUCCGAUGGCACCACUACUCUCGCCGUGGUGCGGGCACCACGUACUAUGCCUUCUGUGCGCCGUACAGCUAUCUCGACUGCCAGGGGCUCUUGGCGGAGCUGGAGGAGAACUUUGCGGAGACCUUCGCGGAUCCCUACCGGCCCCUUCGGAACAUCUCGCGAUCUCUUGCAGAGACUUACCAGCCCCGGGCAGGCUCUGGAAUCUAUUUGCGGCGGCAGCUGCUCCACAGAUCUCUGCAGGGUCGGCGAGUGGACCUCCUCACCGUAACGGCCUCGCCGGGGCCUGGGAUGGACGAGGUCGACAUGCCUCCCCCGGACCUUCCGUGCCCUCAGAGCGACUUGCCCUUGAAGUUCCCGGACCGACCAAUCGUCUUCCUGUCUGCCCGUGUCCACCCUGGUGAGACCCCAGGGCAGUUUGUCUUCCUCGGGGCUCUGCGCUUUCUCCUUUCGGACGACCCGCGGGCUGCAAAGCUGCGGGACCGUUUUGUGUUCAAACUGGUCCCGAUUCUGAAUCCGGACGGAGUUGCAUGUGGCCACUACAGAACGAACUCUCUGGGCCUCAAUUUAAACCGUCAUUAUGACAAGCCCACUCCGAAGGAGCACGAGGGCAUUUGGGCCACAAAGCGCAUCCUGAGCCACUGGGCCAGGCAGAACCGCUUACUAGUCUACCUGGACUUGCAUGGUCACGCCUCGAAGCGCGGAUGCUUCCUGCUGGCCAACCGACUCGUGGGCCCUGGGCAGGGAUGGAAUGCCGGCUUCGCCCGGCUCUGUCAGAUCAACUCACCCUACUUCGACCUGGAACUCUGCGACUUCGGCGAGGCGGACGACGCAGAGAAGGAAGGGAAGGAUGGCAUGUCCAAGGAGGGCUCGGGACGAGUGGCGGUCUACCGAGAUUGCAAGGUUUGCAACGCUUACACCCUGGAAUGUAAUUACAACACUGGCCGGUUUACCAAGCCGAUGUUGCCUCUCAGGGGCGCUAGGUGGUUAGAAGAGUCUCCCGGCUGCAGCGCGACCAGCGAGGAGCCGGUGCCUUUCACACAGAGCUCUUGGGGUCAGGUUGGUGAGGCUGUUUGCAUCAGCAUCUUGGACUUGUACGGCCACAAUUGCCACAGCCGGGUCCCGAGCACUCGACAGGCCAGUUUACGAGCCUUGCUGGGUCAGACUAUCCGACCGCGGACAGGCAGGACCACCAGGCUGAAGGACAUCCUCCCGAAUGGCGUGGGCUUAAGCCUCGAGGACGUUGCAGCCCGUGAGCGGCCGUGCCGUGGAGCUUGCGGCUGGCAUGGGGUACCGGAAAAACCGGGGCCACAGGAUGCCAAGGAGAAGGAGCGGAGCCAUGUGCAGAAGGAGCCGAGGCCCGUGUCUAAAGGAGGCCGGAAGCCGGAAAGCGAGCCAAGGCCAUCCUCAAAGUCUUCCGUUCGGGCGCAGCCGGGAUCACAGACAGAGCUUCCAGACCGAUCAGAGCCAUCGGAGCGCAGGAAGGCCUCGAAGGAUCGACCGGACUUGGCUUCUGAGCCCAAGAGUUCGCUGCCGAUGAAUGCUCCGAGGGGAACAGAAGGCCCGCUUCCAGACCGAUUGGAGCGCAGGAAGGCCUCGAAGGAUCGACCGGGUGCCAUGGUGACUUCCGAGCCAAAUUGUUCCGCUCCGACGGCGAAGGGAAAGUGUUCCGCUCCGACGGCGAACAUGGAGAGCCCCGAAACGAACAGGUCUCGUUCCCUGGACCUACGGCGGCAGCUCGCUGUGCACAAGGUGGAGCGUCUGCCCUUAGCGCUGUUGCGAUCCGAAACUCCUGAUGCCGAUGCAAAGGGCAAAGAGGGGAGGCCUGGGAAUCAAGUGAAGGAAGGCAGGGCAAUACCACGGAAUGCCAUGCAACUUGUCCGACCUCAGCGCAAGCGAACGAAUUCCUUGGAUGCCAGUCGUAUACCUAAGGCAGACUUUAGCGCCAAAGUGCGCCCGCAGCUGCUUCUAGAGAUCUCCAGUCGAACAGGAGCAGCUGUGACUGUAGGAGCUUGCUGA